CCAAUCUCGCGUCAAUACAACUUCGACCUGAGAAGACAAACUGUCUCUUGUUUGCACUGGAGAUAUUCGGACUGGAUGUGAUUGUCUCGUUAUUUCCCUCUUCCGUUUGUGUAACAGCCUAUCGUGAUGUGUGCCCCAACUCCACGGUCUCAUCAUUUCGGAGGACGGCUCGGCCCGUUGGAAGGACCACCCGAUCCAAGCGACUGGGAAGCAAUGGAGAGUAGUACUACGAUGGCAGCACGGGAACCAGUGGACCUCAGAGCAGAGACAGAGCGAGCUUAUAUAAAGUACAUCGGGAAAUGGGGACCCAAUUUUUCCAGGACUCUUGACAUCACUGAUUACAAAGGCUGGAAGAACACAUCGGAGGCAGUGGACAGCGUCCUUCAUUUCAAUAAAGGAGCCAUGGUGUUAGAUCUGCAAUCUGGGCCAGGACGUCUCGGGGAAAAGCUGAAGGAGUAUGGCUUUACCAACAUCGAUGCCAUCGAGGGGAACCCAAGGAUGUUAGAGGUUGCGGCCAAGAGAGGAGUUUAUCAGAACUUGAUCCAGUGUGUGGUCGGCUUGGAGGAGAUCAGCAUUGCUGAGAAUACAUAUGACUGCGUCAUGACCUGCGGAUCAUUUCAUGAGCACAAUCUUGACCACACAAUCAUACCGGACAUCGUCAAGUGGAUCAAACCAGGUGGCUUCAUGGUCCUGAACAUCUCCACGGAGGCUUACAAGUCAGAAUACCUGAAGCAACUGGGGCCUACCCUGUCUGCACUCAACGCCAGUGGAAAGAUACGCUUCGUCGUCCUUGACAAACGUUCAAACUACGGAUGUGUUGAUAGUGUUAUAGUUACAUUUAGAGUCAUGUGAACGAAUAAGAUCAGAAGUUGACUUUGACUGACAUUGAAGAGUUACAAUUUGGAUUUACAUUGAAGUGUACACAUCUGGACAGAUUGUACAAUGGACUAUCAGACACUCUCAGGACUGUUUUCACAGCUUUAAUGGAUUUCUCUCCUUGAAUAUGUAUGUAAUGAUAUUUACAACCGCAGCUACUGUACAUCACCACAAAUAAAGCCAGUGGAAUAUUGUAAA